CACCGCCACUCUCCACUCCACACGCCCAUUGAGGCUUCACACGGGCACCGCCAGCGAGUCUCACCAUGCCCGUCUCCAUCGCGCGUCUGGCCGGCCACGCCGCGAAGCGCGCCCUCGCCCGCCCCCAGCUCCGCACCGCCCUCGCUCCGCGCGCCAUUGCCCGCCCACUAUCAACCUCGCUCCCCCGUCGCUAUGCUGAGGUUGCCGACAGCCAGCGCAUGCGCAUCGUGCCGACCGCCGAGGACUUCAGCCCCAUUGAGCCCGAGAGCCAGGAGCUCGACGAGGACGAGACCCACAGCGCCCGCAAGAUCCGCCACUACACCGUCAACUUCGGCCCCCAGCACCCUGCCGCCCACGGCGUGCUGCGUCUGAUUCUCGAGCUCAAUGGCGAGGAGAUUGUGCGUGCCGACCCGCACGUCGGCCUGCUGCACCGCGGCACCGAGAAGCUGAUCGAGUACCGCACAUACCUGCAGGCCCUGCCGUACUUCGACCGCCUCGACUACGUCUCCAUGAUGACCAACGAGCAGUGCUUCUCGCUCGCCGUCGAGAAGCUGCUGAACGUUGACAUCCCCAUCCGCGCCAAGUACAUCCGCACCCUGUUCGGCGAGAUUACCAGGAUCCUGAACCAUCUCAUGUCUGUCCUGUCCCACGCCAUGGACGUCGGUGCCCUGACGCCUUUCCUGUGGGGUUUCGAGGAGCGUGAGAAGCUCAUGGAAUUCUACGAGCGUGUCUCGGGCGCCCGUCUCCACGCCGCCUACGUCCGCCCUGGCGGUGUGUCGCAGGACCUCCCCAUUGGCCUGCUCGAUGACAUUUACCAGUGGGCGACGCAGUUCGGCGACCGCAUCGACGAGACCGAGGAGAUGCUGACAGACAACCGCAUCUGGAUCGGCCGCACCAAGGGCGUCGGCAUUGUGUCCGCCGCCGACGCCAUCAACUACUCUUUCUCAGGUGUCAUGCUGCGUGGCUCCGGCGUGCCCUGGGACAUCCGCAAGUCGCAGCCCUACGAUGCCUACGACCGCGUCGAGUUUGACGUCCCCGUCGGCGUCAACGGCGACUGCUACGACCGCUACCUGGUCCGCAUGGAGGAGUUCCGCCAGUCGCUGCGCAUCAUCCACCAGUGCCUCAACGACAUGCCCGCCGGCCCCGUCAAGGUCGAGGACUACAAGAUCGCCCCGCCUCCCCGCGCCGCCAUGAAGGAGAACAUGGAGGCCCUCAUCCACCACUUCCUGCUCUUCAGCAAGGGCUACACCGUGCCCCCGGGCGAGACCUACUCCGCCAUCGAGGCCCCCAAGGGCGAAAUGGGCGUCUUCCUCGUCUCCGACGGCAGCGAGAGGCCCUACAGGUGCAAGAUCCGCGCCCCCGGCUUCGCGCAUCUGGCGUGCAUGGACCAGAUUUCGCGCGGGCACUUGCUGGCCGACGCCGUUGCCAUAAUUGGGACAAUGGAUUUGGUACGUAACACUCUCACUCCUUCACACUCACACAACUUCACACAACUUCACUUCACCACAUUCAUUACAUUAAUUGAUUCGGCGCUCAAUCGGCUCGAGUUGGGCGCUAAUUUCAUCGAUCAAUUUCGGUGCUCAACUCCAAGUCCGCCACAACCCCCUUCACACACCACCCACACUCCCAACCACCAUGCACAGCACUCUCUCCUUCACCAAACACCACGCACAGCGCGCUAACAAGCCCAAAGGUAUUCGGCGAGGUCGAUCGUUAGGGCGUUAUGUUUCGUGUUCUGAUCUAAAGCUGUGGGCGUGAAAUAUGGUGGUUGUGAAAGAUAGUUGUGGAAGAUGGUCGUGGA